AUGGCGGCGCCGGCUGCUCUGACGGUCGCGCAGAGAGGGCACUUGGAGACGCGCGAGUCCAAGGGAAAGGGCAAAGGCAAAGCCCUGAAACGUGCAUUGGCUGCUGCGGCAGCCGAAGAGGCCCCUGGCAAGAAGGAGAACGUCUCUCAAGGACUCGAUUCGCCUCCACAAUCCGACAUUUCUUUCCUCUAUCUAUUCGCGGGAGAGUCUCGCCGGGCUGACUUGAAAUCAUUCCUGGCGGCUGCCUGCGAGAAAGCCGGGCUGUCAUUCCGCUAUCAAGAAGUUGAUAUCGGGGAGUCGGCUCCGGAUGUUCUUUCAGACUCUUUUUGGUUGAGAUUGCUCAAUCAAGUUCGACGACAUGAAUUCAAUCUUCUUUUCAUGAGCCCGCCAUAUUCUACAUUCAACCGGGCCACGUUCGUCAAUCGCACAGGACCACCGCCUCUGCGGAACUCGGACUGGCCGGAAGGUUUUCCUUGGCUAUCCGGUGUAUGGAAAUCCAGAGCAGAGGCUGGAACGAGUUUGGUGCGCCGGGUAUUGUCCUUAGCCACCCUGGCCACCAAUGAGCAUGUACCCUGGUUGAUUGAGCAUCCGGAAUUUUUGGGUGCUACGGCGGCUGGCACCCCGGCUUCAAUCUGGACUUGGGAAGAAGCUGUUCGUGUUUUCCAGGAGACUCGCGCCACUUCGGUGACACGAUUAGCUGGAACCUGGCACGGUCUACGAUCGGUUGGUGUGGCCGGUUGGCCGCGACUUGACCCUCAGCAGCACUAUCGAGGGCCGUUGUCUCGCAAAUGCGGGCAUGCGCAUGCCCCUCUCAUCGGCACCGACGAAAAUGGUCAUUUUCUCGCCGGGCCGGCUGCUUACCCUUCGGGCUUCUGUGAAGCGCUGGCCAGUAUUGCGGUUCUCACCUUCAGGCAAAGAGUGUCCUCCGAAUCGAUGUUGGGGGAGGAGCAAGCUCGUUCUUCUGACACUCUUGAGAAUGCGACUUCGACAGCUGUGGUCCACCAGGCUGAAGCUCUGGCACUGCGUUUGCAACACUCGGCGGUCUCGAAGGAGUCUUUACUUCAGAUCUUCGACUUACUUCCCGGCGAAGAAUUGGCCCGAGAUGGAGUCACUUGGCAGGAACAGAUGACAAUCAUUAUUCGUCCGAACCUUUGGGCUCGGCUCUGCGGAGUCCAAAAGGGGAACGGUGGGAUUGCACUUCGGUUGUCGCCUCCUGUUCCGGAGACUUGGCCCUGGAAGGUCCAACUUCAGAUUCAAAUUCUUGCAGGCAGACUGGAUGCCGUGGAAUCCUUCACGGGAUUCCCAGCCAGACGGGCCUUGCCGAUCAGCAAAGGGGGAGACAAUCAGAGUCGCAAGGAGCGUGUCAAGGCGCUUGCGUUGUGGCAAGCGCUCAUAGUCACCUCCGUGUGCGGACUGGCAGUCACCCUCUCGAAGGCUUCGGAUGCCCAGGUUCCGAUAGUUUUGGAUGACGUCUUCGCCCGCAAGGCGUUCAGUGAUGGGCAAAUGUGCUUUGAAGAACCGGAGCUUGAAAAAGGUGAGGCUCACAACAUCCUCACGCUCCGCCUGUAUGGGUCCAAGACCAGUUCUCUCCGGCGGGCAACUCGGUUUCGGCUCAUUCCUGUCUUUGCGAUCAGCCCGGGAGUGCACGGUUCUGAGUGUUGGGCCACAUCCUACUUGGAAAAUCGAGCUGCACUCGGUUUGAGAGCUUCAGAGGAUGAACCGCUCAUGAGGUGCCCGACUUCAGAUGGGGGAUUCUCAGGACGAAAGCUCCGGUCUUCAGAUGCUUCGGUUUGGAUGCGAGAAAUCCUCUCGGAUGUGUGCACCUUUGAGGAGCUGGCAAACAUUGCAACACACAGCUGCAAAGCUACAUGCCUAGCUUGGCUCACCAAAGGAGCAGCGACGAAUGCCUUGUGCCGAAGAGCAGGGUAUCAUGUUGGCAGUGAGGGCAAAUCAGAGUUGGAAUACGCCCAUGAUGCAGCCGCCCCGCUUAUCCUUAGGUUGGCCAAUACUCUUGAGAUGAUCAAGGAGGGGUACUUCUCACCCGACGAGCCGCGCCUUCAGAGGUGGCACGGUGCUGAUUAUGAUUCCGCUUUGGCACUCUUACGCAACGGAGAUGAGCCUAAGAGAAUCCGGGCUGAGAAAGUGAGCCGCCUUUUAGCAGAUUCGUCUUCUGACUCUGAGUCCAGCGAAGAGCCUGACGACGACUCGGAUAGUGCGGAGUCGGAGCUUGACGGGCAAAUGGCCGAGAUGCACGCUCAUAGCGAAACUCUCGAUAGCUCCAGCCAGGAUGGUUAUGUAUAUUACUUGCGCGAGGCGCGCAAGACCGUGCACCGAGCCCGGCGGUUUAAUGAUGACGAUGCCACCACCUCGGCGCACACUGAGCUAGGAGCCCGACCCAACGUCAUCCUGAACCCGCCAUCUUCCGCCAAAGGUGCUUGGCGGUCGGCCUGCCCGGCUGGACCUCCGUGGGUGGGGAAAGUCUACGCGUCCCAUGAUGCCGCUUUGCGACGACUCCACUGGGAAGCCUGGACUUUGACUGCUGCCGACUUGAAACGCAAGGUUGAUGGGACAGACGAGUCCGCACCCCGCAAAUUGCCAGUCGCUGAGAUCGGGGCACGGCUUCAGGUGCUUACUCCAAACAUUGCUCCUUUGAAGCUUGAAGGAAUUCUUGAGCCCAGCCACGCGAGCAUCAAUCUCUUCGCAGCCAUGCUGGACAAAGGGCGUCUUCGCUACAUCGAAUGGUCGAGGCUGACCACCCGUGAUCAAGAGGUGGUCGGGGCGUCUGAGGACGAUUUGCUAAAAGCUUGGAAGCCGGACAAGAGCGGAGUGGUGCGCGAGCACAAGGAUACUCCACGUCUUGAGGCGAAUGUGGCCACCGACCUGAUGGUUCAUCAUGCACUCCGCCGUCGAGGAGUUUGUUAUGCGAUUGCGGAACUCAUGACCUUUGAAGUUCACGAGACCUUGAUCAACUUUCUGUUUGACGCCUACUACAAGGAUGCACCUGAGGGGUACCAAAGGGUCACAUUGACUCAGCUCUCAAUGUGCGAUCGAGAAAUUCAUUUUCGGCUCAGUGACCAAUGCCGAGCGGGUUUUACUUUAGGCUCUGAUGGAGGCCUUCCCUUGGACCGACACUUGCCUGUGGUCCUCCAGAUGCGCUGCGUGGAGCAACUCCUGAUACCUCGGACCCGAGGGAGUGCCGCUCCCGCUGUCAAGACUGCUGCCAAGACCAAGCCAAACCCUCGAAAGCGCAAGAACGGGGUGGUGUACCCGUUGAUGCCGUGGAGCACAGUGGUGGAAGCCCCGCCGGUGGCCGGCUUUGGUGUCGAAGCUGCUGUCGAGACUUCUGGUAGCUCGGUGUGCCUCACUUCCGCUUGUGAAUAUUUUGUCCUUACCCUCGACUUAUGUUUUCCCGGGAUUACUCUGCAGCAGCAUGCGGCAGAGAUCUUUGCACGGCGAGUGCUGAUCGCUCGCCCACCUACUCGACGAGAUGUCGAGCACCUUUUUGACUUGCUGCCGCUCGAAGAAGCCUCGAGAGGCACUGACGUCCCUUCAGCUUUUGGCAGUGGUUGUUGGGCUCGCGACGAUCGGUUCGGGCUCCGGCGCAACAAUCGCCUUUUUCCCAUCUCGGUUCAGCUUCUCAAUUCGUUUAUCCGGCAGGUCCGGCCCUGCCAUCGGUGGACUUCUGUGGUCCUGUUUUGCGAUGUGCAGGCCCCGCGGCACAAAGACCUGCACAACAGUUUUGAUCCGAACCUUGUCGUUGCCAUCAGCGAUUUCUCUGGCGGUGAAAAUUUUGUGGUUCGCCCCGAGGGACCCGUGGUUGUUCGUGAUGGCGAUGCUGUGCUCCGAGGAACCAAGCUGGACCCUCGAGUGCAACCUUGCUUGCUCCAUGCUCGCACUGAGGAGCACCUCACGCUGCCCUGGGAAGGUCGUCGCCUCGUGUUGGUCGCCUUUUGCAUAGCUUCGGUGGGUGAGUUGUCAACUGAACAAACUGAGGAGCUGGAACUACUUGGUUUUCGGGUGCGUCCACCUCCCGAGUCUCAGCCACUUCCAUCUGUCCCUCCUCAGGGGCAACUUUGUCUAGAAAUCUUCAGUUCGCCUCCGGGCAUGUCCGCUGCGUUUCGCGCCCUUCAGCUUCGGACUCUGGCUUUGCACCAUUCACCUGAGCGAGCUUGUUCUGUCCCCGUCAUGCGAUGGGACGUCUGCAAAGCUGAUGAUGUCAACUUCUGCUUGCAGCGGUUGAAAGAGAAGGCCGUGGCACUUCUGUUCGUCAUGCCGCCCCUGAGCCAUUCAUCUAAGCCUGGGCCCUUGAGUGCUGCCUUGGAGCAGUUCUUGAUCUUGCUCCUGGCCACAGUGACUGCCUACCCGACGCCUUUCUGCUUUUGCCUGCCUUCUUCGGCCCGGUGCUGGAAGACCGUGCGUGCUCAAGCCAUCGGGAUCCCCCACCAUGAAACUCCUCUUGACCUGUGCAUGUUUGGGGCCGAACGCAAACGCAGUGUCAUCUUGUUGCACAAUGUCCCUCCCGGAGCGGUCUUGCUUCGCUCGGGGAAGCUGGAUGCCAUGACGGAGAUGUGCGAUGGUUUCAAGGUGCUUGGCUACGCCAAACCCAGUGGCCAGUUCCCAAUUGCCUUCAAGCACGAAUGCUCCGAGCGCCCGACUGUGGAGAGUCGGAUGAAGACGAAGCCGUCGAACAAGCUUCCGACGGCUCCGGGUGGUUGCAUGGUCCACUAUCACUAUCCGAAGAGGAUCUUGAUCGGUUGUUCCCAGAUGGCUGGAUACCCUCUAGAAUCUAGAAGGUUCGGAGUGCAACAGGGAGACAAAACCCGUGCCAUUGAUGACCUGAGAGCGUCGAUGGUGAAUGCCACCUGCACCUUCUCCGAAAAGAUACUCCUUCAGGACAUUGAUGUUGUUGCUCAGACUGCAAAGUGCUUCAUGGACGCCGUGAUCCGCAAAAAGAGUCCAGGGAAUCGACAGAUCGUCGGCAGAGCACUCGACUUGAAAGCGGCCUACAAACAGUUGGCCUCCUCGCCGCUGGAUGCGUGGGCCUCCGUAUUGGCUGUGUGGGACCCUUCUUGUAAGAAACACAAGUACUUCCGUUUUUCCACGCUUCCAUUCGGAGCGGUCCACUCGGUCACCAGCUUCAAUCGGGUUGCUCGCGCCUUGCGCCUGAUCCUCUUGAGAAUCGUAAAGCUCAUAGUCUUUGCUAUGCUUGGAGCCAGCUUUUCACUUGUGCGAGCCCCUUCCGGCAUCCUGGAAAUCGCGAACAAGAAAGGGCGCCUCGAAUCCUUGAGGACGUUGGUGAACUCAGUCUGUGCCGAAGGUUUCGUGCAACCUGCAGUGCUUGCAAGCUUGAAAGGGCGUCUCCUGUACGCCUCGACCCAUACCUUCGGGCGUGUUGCCUUGAUGGCUGUUAAGUCCCUUUCGAAACACUUGAAAGGCGGCGGGGUGCUGAAGCUUAGUUCGGAUGAUUGUGUCCUGUUACAGCACACUAUCGGGUUGCUUGAGGACAUGCGUCCGCGAGAGAUCAAAACUGAUGCAAGUGACCGACCGGUCAUAGUCUUCACGGAUGGUGCUCAUGAGGAGGCAGAUGGCCUGACAGCUCACGGUGGCGUCUUGAUUGACCCAGUCAGGGGGGUGCAUCGUUUCUUCGGAGAGCGGAUCCCAACGCCGUUCGUCGACUCCUGGGGAGCUUAUGGCAAACGGCAGCUGGUGGGCCAAGCAGAAGUCCUGCCGGUUCUUGUCGCCAAAAUUGUGUGGGCUGAGUUUCUUAAAGGUCGAAAGGUGCUGUGGUUCAUAGACAACGAGUCGGCGAAAGCAGCAUUGGGCUCAGGAUCAUCCCCGGUGCUGGCAACCUUUGCAAUGCUGUGUGUCGGUGCGCACAUCGACGUGUCGCUUGAAGCAGCACACUGGAGCCUUGGGCUCUGUGAUGCACAUGUUUCCCUUGUGCGGGCACCGGGUGCCCGGAUGCAAAUGCUGGGCGUUUGUAUCCUCACAAUCGUACAACUCUUGAUGAGGACGCCGUGA